CGGCGGUCCUUCCCGCCCGCACCUGCCGGCUCUGGUCGCGGCUUGGACUCGGGAUCGCAGGUGGGCGAAAGGAGUCCUUGGACGUGUCUGUGAACUGGCGUUUCAACCUCAGCUUCGUGUAAUUUUCCCGGAGAGCUUCUCUUCCAUGCCGCAUCCUGCUUCGUUCCUGCUGAACUGCUAAUACAGUAAACUGGAGGAUAGCUGUUCCCAGGAUAACCUGUAAUGGGCAAGGAGCUAGAGAGAAGAAAACAUUUCUUUUAAUUUUUAAACUUGGUUUGUAAAGACCAGCAUGUUUUGGAAAUUUGAUCUUCACUCAUCAUCCCACAUAGACACACUUCUAGAAAGAGAAGAUGUAACACUGAAGGAAUUAAUGGAUGAGGAAGAUGUUUUACAGGAAUGUAAAGCUCAGAACCGCAAACUUAUAGAGUUUCUGUUAAAAGCAGAAUGUCUCGAAGACUUAGUCUCAUUCAUUAUAGAAGAACCACCUCAAGACAUGGAUGAAAAGAUCAGAUACAAGUAUCCAAAUAUAUCUUGUGAGUUGCUCACUUCUGAUGUCUCCCAGAUGAAUGAUAGACUGGGAGAAGAUGAAUCCUUGCUAAUGAAAUUAUAUAGCUUCCUCCUAAAUGAUCCCCCCCUGAACCCACUACUUGCCAGUUUCUUCAGCAAGGUGCUAAGUAUUCUUAUCAGCAGAAAACCAGAACAGAUUGUGGAUUUCUUAAAGAAGAAACGUGAUUUUGUAGACCUUAUUAUAAAGCACAUAGGAACUUCGGCUAUCAUGGAUUUGUUGCUCAGGCUCCUGACAUGCAUCGAGCCUCCACAGCCCAGGCAAGAUGUGCUGAAUUGGUUAAAUGAGGAGAAAAUUAUCCAGAGGCUUGUGGAAAUAGUUCAUCCAUCGCAAGAAGAAGAUCGCCAUUCAAAUGCAUCGCAGUCACUUUGUGAAAUUGUUCGCCUGAGCAGAGACCAGAUGUUACAAAUUCAGAACAGUACUGAACCAGAUCCUCUGCUUGCCACUCUAGAAAAACAAGAAAUUAUAGAGCAGCUUCUAUCAAAUAUUUUCCACAAGGAGAAAAAUGAAUCAGCCAUAGUCAGUGCAAUCCAGAUAUUGCUGACUUUACUUGAGACACGACGGCCAACAUUUGAAGGCCAUAUAGAGAUCUGCCCACCAGGCAUGACUCAUUCAGCUUGUUCAGUCAACAAGAGUGUUCUAGAAGCCAUCCGAGGAAGACUUGGAUCUUUCCAUGAACUCCUGCUUGAGCCACCCAAGGUGGACAAAAAGGCAGCAUCUAAUGUGGAUUCUCACAGUUGUAUUCUUCUUGGCCCUGCUUCAGAAGUAAGGCAGUGUCUCGUUUGGACUUCCUCUCUUUUACUGCUAGGAAAAAGUGUGAUGAAGACUACAUGGGGUGUGCUGGACCCUCCUGUGGGGAAUACCCGGUUGAACGUGAUUCGGUUGAUAUCCAGCCUCCUUCAAACAAAUACCAGUAGUAUCAAUGGGGACCUUAUGGAGCUGAAUAGCAUCGGAGUCAUAUUGGACAUGUUCUUCAAAUAUACAUGGAAUAACUUUUUACACACUCAAGUGGAGAUUUGUAUCGCACUGAUUCUUGCAAGUCCUUUUGAAAACAUGGAAAAUAGCACAAUUACUGAUCACGACUCCACUGGUGACAAUUUGUUAUUGAAACAUCUUUUUCAGAAAUGUCAGUUAAUAGAACGAAUACUUGAUGCCUGGGAAAUGAAUGAGAAGAAACAGGCUGAGGGAGGAAGACGGCAUGGCUAUAUGGGACACCUGACUAGGAUAGCUAACUGCAUCGUGCACAGUACUGAUAAGGGCCCCAACAGUGCAUUAGUACAGCAGCUUAUCAAAGAUCUUCCAGACGAAGUCAGGGAGCGAUGGGAGACAUUCUGCACAAGUUCCUUAGGAGAAACUAACAAGAGGAACACGGUAGAUCUAGUUACAACCUGCCAUAUUCAUUCAUCCAGUGAUGAUGAAAUUGACUUUAAAGAAACGGGUUUCUCACAGGAUUCUUCUUUACAGCAAGCCUUUUCUGAUUAUCAGAUGCAACAAAUGACGUCCAAUUUUAUUGACCAGUUUGGCUUCAAUGAUGAGAAGUUUGCAGAUCAAGAUGACAUUGGCAAUGUUUCUUUUGAUCGGGUAUCAGACAUCAACUUUACUCUCAAUACAAACGAAAGUGGAAAUAUUGCCUUGUUUGAAGCAUGUUGUAAAGAAAGAAUACAGCAGUUUGAUGAUGGUGGCUCUGAUGAGGAAGAUAUCUGGGAGGAAAAGCACAUUGCAUUUACACCAGAAUCCCAAAGACGAUCCAGUUCGGGGAGCACGGACAGCGAGGAGAGUACAGACUCUGAAGAAGAAGAUGGGGCCAAACAGGACUUGUUUGAGUCCAGUAGUGCCAACACGGAGGACAAGAUGGAGGUGGACUUGAAUGAACCACCCAACUGGUCAGCCAACUUCGAUGUGCCCAUGGAGACAACCCAUGGUGCUCCCUUGGACUCUGUGGGGUCUGAUGUGUGGAGCACAGAGGACCCAAUGCCAACUAAAGAGACGGGCUGGGCUUCCUUUUCCGAGUUCACAGCUUCCCUGAGUACAAAAGAUAUCUUAAGGAGUAAUUCUCCAGUGGAAAUGGAAACCAGCACUGAGCCAUUGGACCCUCUCACUCCCAGUGUGGCUGCUUCGGCAGUGCAGCCUGAAGCACCAGGCAGUGUGGCCAUGGAAGCCAGCUCUGAUGGAGAGGAGGAUGCGGAGAGCACAGACAAGGUGACUGAGACAGUGAUGAAUGGUGGCAUGAAGGAAACGCUCAGCCUCACUGUAGAUGCCAAGACAGAAACUGCCGUCUUCAGAAGAGUGUUGAAAUCCUAUCGUGAGGAAGGUAAAGUGUCUACCUCUCAAGAUGCUGCUUGUAAAGACGUGGAGGAGAGCCCUGAAGCGGCAGAGGUGAAGUCCACGGGCCCCCGGGCCCCCAGCAGUAGUGCAGAGCAGAGGACCGGCCAGCCAGGCCUACCAGGCGACGUGUCAGUUAAUGGCCCCGUAUGACGAGUGGCUGCCGCUGUGGACCGCAGGCCGCCACCAUUCAGGGGCUCGGGAGGCCUCGCCUGCAGCCAGCUGGGCUGCCACGCUGCACACACUCUGCGAGGGAUCAGGACCAGCAACCUUUAUAUUCAGAUUCUAAGUCGUUGUACAGCAAAAUUCAGAAGUGUGAAAAUAUUGCACAUUGACAAAUACCAAGAAUUUUUGCGUAUGUUUAUAUUGUAUUGUUCUAAAUAAUGGGUAGCCUGUGAAAAAGAUCUCGCUGCCCAUGUAAUAAUAGUAGUAAUGCUAUAGUUAAAAUGGCUGUAAGAAUAGUUUUAUAAAAGUGAAUACACAGAUCUAUUGUAUUUGGAACAUAACUAUUUGACAAUUAUUAGUGUGACCAAAGUAUUAGGCAGUUUUCAUACAUUUUUCACCUUGUACAAAAUUCUGAAUCCAUUUCUCUUCCAGGUUGGCAAGGAGUUAGAGGAUUGACAUGCCCUCGAAGUGUUCUAUUGGGUGUUCUGACUUACAAAAGUGGUUUUGAAUAAGAAAUGUUUGGUGUUCUUUUUAUAACCAGUUUUUGAUUGGUAACUGUUUUCUGUAUUGUUUUAAACGGAUCAAAAAAAGUAAGUCUAUCAGUAGAGAUUUUAAGUAUUUAUUACUGCAACUUAGUUGAUAAAACAAUGUCAUUGUAAAGCCAUCAUGUUCUGUUAAAAGUCUUGUUUGCUUGAAAUGAUUAUUCCUACAGGUGAAACACUAGAAUAUCUGGAGUGUACAUGGCUUAUGGUUUGGGUUUUUUUGUUUCUUGUUCUUGUUUUCUGUUUUGUUUUGGUAGUUCAUCUGCCUUUUAACCCAUUCAACAAAAUUUACCUUGUAAACAAGUGUCACCAAUGAACAUUUCAGAGCAGUCUGCAUACUUAACAACAUAAGUCACAUUAGGCAAGUCAGUGUGGAAAUGUUUGUGCUGCUGAUGGAAUUGGAGCCCGUCUGUUCUGCAGGCUAGUGUUACAGCUAGAAAUCGAAAUCGGCACCUAAGCAUGUUCAUUGUUUUACUGUACCUUGUGAGGUUUUCACUCGUAAAUUCUAAACCAGUGUAUUUUUUUUUAGAACUGGUUUGUGUAUAUAUAUAGUGAUUAUGGAUACUAAUUCAAUGUAAUUUAUAAUUUUCUAUGUCAAUAUAAAAAUACAUCACAGCCUUCUCAAACAGCUAAAGCAAUAUAUUGUAUAUUGCCAUAUUGUCUGGUGAAAGGGUUUAAAUUACUUCACCUCUUGCACUUUUAGAUGCAAAUCAGUUUUUCAUUUCUGUAAUAGAAAAUUAUUCACGUAUUUUUACAUCAUUUGUUUUUCCUGACCAGUAUUUAAAACCAAAAGGAUAUUCUGAAAAAUGGCCAACGAUUUUUUUAGAAGUAGCAUCCCAAGCAGCGUGCCUAAACAUGACAUUGCAUAUGGAAAUAAAAAAAUCAGAUGUCUAAUGCCUUAUUUCUUAUUUACUUUUCCAUUGUAAAUGGUAUAGAAACUCUUUGCGAGGUUUACCGCGACCUCGCACUUGAGGCCAGUGGAGCCAGCAGUGCGCCCUGGGACAGCUGGCUGGGGCGCCACACUUGGCCUCUGCACGCCUCCUCAGGAACCCUUUCUGUGUGAGCUCCUCAGAAGAGACUGUCCUCAGGCGUCCUCCUCUGGAACCUGGCACUGUCAGAGGACAGGCUCCUCUGGCUCCUCUUGGAUGCUGACCUACAUGGCACAGGACCUCAGGGACUGCUGCUGGAUGACGCACUCACGUCUCACCCGGGGAAGGAUUUGCCAGCUGCCGCCGCCAGGGCAUGGCCCCAGAGGUGGCCUGUGCUGCCUCCUUCGUGUGGACAUGGUCGGCUUCUCCAUCUGGGGUAACACGGUGUCUGUCUUCAUCCCACCCUCUGCUGGUGAAAGAGCAUUGGGUAGUGUUUUGCGUUGCUUGUCUUGCGUGGCAGGGAAAGGACACAUGGAUGGGAGGAACAUCGUCUGUUGAGUGGAGGAAGCCAGCAAGGACCAGGAGCAAGGACACUGGUUUAGUUCCCACUUUGGGUUCUGUGUAUUGGCCAUAUUGAAUUGCGAGACUAACAGAUGUCUACAGUACAAUACCUGUAUUAAAAAUAACAACAAAAAUAAAGCCCGAUUCUUUGUUUCUAGAAA